AUCAUAAGAGAUGCGCUAAAACAUAUAACCUGCCUAAAAUAUAAAUAUGCUGCUUGUGGAAAAUAUCAAAUGUAUUGUAUAUAAACAUGCUUUGGAAAAUGUGCAAAUAUGUAAUCUGCGUGGAAGCAUAAGCAUGCUGCUUGGAUCCUGCAAUAUAAAAUACACAGACACUCUGAAACAGGAAUUAAGUUAAACUCAGGAUGCGUAGUCAGGAUAGGCCUUGAACUUGUGGCAGAAGCUCAGGAGGUGUACGUGACAAUAACCAGGUCUUGAGUUGAAGCCAGUGUGAGUGUGGAAAACAAAGAACAAUAAGAUCGUUUAUCAAAUAUGGUAACAAACAGGAUGUCAAUCUGACGUGCAACAUCUGUAUUUUGGGCAAGGGUCUGCUAAUAAAAAGAGCCUGAUCUUGUGAAGGGGCAGAAUUCAGCAGUUAGUCUUCUGACUCUCCGUUGGAUCCUCCCUGUGCACAGGCGAACUCGAGCAACAACUUUUGUCUUUUCUUUGUACUUUAUGAAAGUUCUUAAUACCGUUUGAGAUCGAUCAGCGAAUCCGGGGUGGCAGAGGGCCACGACAGAAUAUAUAUUUAUACCACAUUCGAAAACUUAAAAUGUCCAAUUUCUGACAGUAUAACGGACUUAGACGUCUACAAGGCACUUGAAACAUCAGGUAAUUUUACUUAUUUUAUUUUAGCCAUCCACGGGCUGUUGUAAGGCAUUAUUUAGUCUUUAGUUAACAUCAAAAUAUAUUUUUUAAUUGUUUUGUGGGUAUUUUUAGGCAAUGGGUCUAAAAUAUUAUAUUCCAGAAACAAAUAAAAUAUAAUUAAGCAUAAAUAACCUUUUAAAUAUUUGUAAAGAUUAGUGUGACAUUUAAUGAUUUAAAGAACGACAGUAUUAAUUGUAAAGCAACCCCCCCAAAAAACAAAACAAAACAGUGUAACAAUGUCAUGUGCGAUGUGAAUUGCAUAGUGUGUUAAACAACUGUUUGCAUUUUAAUGUGAGUCUUCAAAGCCCUAACUUUGGUUCAACAAUAUUACAGUAUAUACUUUGGUCAAUGUUCUGAGAAAGGACUGAAUCUAACAAGGCUGAAAAUGAUUGAAAUGAUUGAGAACCUCCUCCUCCUCCUUUCCUCCAAUCUCGCGAGAGUUGCUGCUCAUGGCGGUGCCUAGGCGCUGCUGCGAUGCUGUUGCUGUGGCUUUGAUUGACAGGAAACAUGUCGAUGUGGUGGGAGCGAAACGGGAUGUAGCUGCUGCCACGGGAGCCAGGGAGUACCUGCAUCAAGUCCCCGCAUCAGCACCUUUAAAGCCAGCGGACGUCCCUACAUUUCCAUUCGUUAAUAAUGCGCUGAGCAGCUUUUAUUUUAUUUUAUUUUAUUUUAUUUUAUUUGUUUGUUUGUUUUUUCCUAAAACAUCUAUUUAAAAGCGAUGGACACCUAGUGGAUGCUUUGGCCAGCCGUGUAGUCCCGCUUUGCAUCUUCGUCUUGUGUUUGCUCCGAGGCACAGACACCUUGAUGAAACAGCAGGAACCACGAGCACUGUUGUUGCAAUGGAGUCCACUCUGUCACGGCUCAAAGUGCGUCUGUAAACCUCUAUCACUUCGUUUCAUGGCGUUUUGCGGCUCGCUCAGCUCCGUGGACUCCUCCACGUUUCUUCCCUGAAUUUUUUUUUUUUAGAAAACAUUUAUAACAUUUUUUAAUUAUUAUUAUUAAAAAAAGAAAAUAUUAAACUGGAAAGAGGGGGAAUUAAAGGCCGCUGCUCGCCAAACUAUGAACGAGGAGAUGACAAAAAGCGAGGAGCAGCAUCUCAGUUUGCAGAAAGCCUUGCAGCAGUGCGAGUUGGUGCAGAACAUGAUUGACAUAAGCAUCUCCAGUUUGGAGGGUUUACGGACCAAAUGUGCCACAUCCAACGACUUGACACAAAAAGAGAUACGGACGCUGGAGGGGAAGUUGGUGAAGUACUUCAGCCGCCAGCUGUCCUGCAAGUGCAAAGUGGCCUUAGAGGAGCGCAGCGCUGAGCUGGAGGACUUCCCUCACCUCGGCCACUGGUUCCAAAUUGUCAACUUGAGGAAAGAGGUCACGCAGGAGAUUCCAGGUGAGGUGACCCUGGAGGGUCUGCUCGACAUGAAUGAGGAGCAGGUGUGUGAGCUGCUGCAGAAGUUUGGUGCCAAUGAGGAGGAGUGUGCUCGACUCAAUGCCUCACUGUCCUGCCUGAAAAAGGCCCACCAGCUCGCCUUUAACCCGUCACCUUAG